UAUCUUUUAAAAUUAUAAUGACUGAAAUUUUGAAAUUAACUGUCACAGGAUUUUUUCGAAAUGAAAAAUAGCCUGUUAGGACGUACGUCCAGUACGCCACUGUCCCCCAAUUAGCAUAAAACACCCAAUCACGUCCUCUCGUUACCACCUGGCGGCACAUUUUAAUUUUUGAGGUUAUGUUCUCUGUUUUGCUUUCAAACCCAUUUUUGACCAAAACAAACCCGCAAAAUGGGCACCGCUUUCAAUAACACCCACAGAUAUUUCACGCAGUUUAUGUUGAGCAACGGAAUUGUGACCCUGGACAAUGCCAUGAAGUUCUUCGAAGAAAUCAGUCCAGAACGAAACACGCUGGCGUUUUUGAAGACACUGGUAAUAGAAAUAAACCGCGAGAUUUGCAAGCAGUCUUUCAAAAUCGCUACCACUAUUUGUGAAAUCACCGGUGACAAGGUGUUUGUGUGGCUCAACACGAAAAGCGACGAAGUGAGUCGCUUGCAGGUGGGAUUUUCAGCCGUCGAGUUGGAAUAUUUUCACGCUAUAUUGCAAGAAAUCGUGACUUCGGAAGAUCACGUGAUCCAGUACCCCCGUGCCAUUAAUAUAGCGUCAACAUUGACGGCGACUUUGAGUAGAGAUAAUGGCGAGAAAGCGCUAAUCAGGUGGAUUAAAGGGGGCUAUUACGUCAAACAAGACGAACGGGUUUUCCUAGGUCCAAGAACUAUAUUAGAGUUCACGACAUUCUUAAGAACAAACACAGAAAAUUGCUCCUGUGAUCUAUGUUCAGAAUUAGUUUUUGUGGGAGAAACUUGUAACAGUUGUAGCAAGACCUUCCACAAGUUGUGCAUCAACAAAUACCUCCAAAACCAACAGUCCUGCCCCAGUUGCAGAAACACCUGGGGGGACCCAAAUUCCACCAUGGACGUUGACUCUGACGCAGACCCCAGACCCAGCCGCCGCCGCCGCCACAAUUAAAAUUCCAGCGUAAUUCUUAUUUAAUAGAAAAAAUAUUUUUACAUGUUUCAAUAAAAAUUAAGAAGAA